CAUCUGGGUGACAAUGAUACUGCCCUUGCAUACGGCAUUUGGUACAACUGGAUCCUCCUGCUCUCCGUCUUCAGCAACUGUUCGGCCUCCAACCUCUCCCUCGAAGCCGUCCGCAGCAGCCUCGAAGUCGUCAUCCGCGGCGUCGUCGAGAACCACACCUUUGCCGAGACCGAGUCGAUGGGCUGGGACCGCUCUGUCGGGCCCGCAAAGUCGCUCUACGAGUUUAUCGCGGCCUCGAUCCUGUCCGAGAAACUCCCUUUGCCUAGCCCGUGCCCGAACACAUUCGAAGGCAGCCGGGCGAUCAAAUACCAAGGCACGAUCGAAGUGCGCACUUUGUCACUCGCAGACCGGUACUUCAACGCGUUGAAGUGGAACAAAUGGCUAUUCGACCGGGGGGUUGACGUCUGCCGCCCAUCACGUGGGAUCCUACGGCACCAGCGGUUCUGGCCCGACCACUGGAGCCGGCCGUGCCCACGUGCACGGUACACCGUCUGCCAGGUCCUGUCGUGGACCUUCGUCCUCUUCCCGUGCCUCACCGCAGCCUACAUCUCGUACACCACGCCGACCGUCGCGCUCGGCUGUCGCUCCGCCAACCAUCUCCUGUACGCCCUCCUCUCCCUCCUCGUCGCCCUGCUCCGCGUACCCAGGGCAUUCAUCUCCGCCACCAAGCGUCCGCUGCUCGCCCGCGCAGCCGCCGCUGCCCACACCACCCUCCUCUGGACCAACGUCCUCAUCGUGCUAAUCGGCGGAACGAUCCUACAGCUGGUCGGCGCGUACCGCACGUGUCUCUGCGCCGGGGGAAUCUUUGCGGGACCUGAUACGACGUUCAAUCUGGGGACUAAUAGCGAGGAACAUCAGGAUUGGGCUAGGGCGGUCUGGUUGAAUGUCGGGUAUCUGGCGUAUGGGUGGAUCGUGGGGGUCGCCCUGGUAGCGCUCGUGGCGAGGCUGUGGAUCUCGUAUGAGCUGAGGGAGGCGUUGGAUAUUUAGUGCAGUGGUGGGUGAUAGGUGUAUCAUAUGUAUGUAGAGUAUGUUGUAGAAUGGAGAAUGGAUCGGCGUUGAGGUGCGGUAUUGGGGUUCUCGAAGAUUCGAUUGGAUUGGAUUGGAGCGGGAUGUUCCAGCCCCUGGGGGCAGCGUUCACGACAGUUGGUGUUUCACACAUAGACUUUGUACAGGUACUUCUUAGGUAGAUGG